CACGCUGCAGGUAGCUUACCCGGCAAGGCCCCACAUUCUGACCCAGUCUUGCAGUGACUCAAAUUUGAGGUCGCAGCACAUUUUCCAAGUUCUCUUCUCCCUUUAACAACCACAAUCGCCAACAUCAGAUCAGGAAUAAUCUUGCAUUUCGUCUAGCUGGACGUUAAGUCUGAAGCACUGUUGGCGCGUGUCUAGCACAAAGACGGGCAAACAUGGCGGCAGAAACCUCCUUGGCCAUGGCUGCUGCUGAUCAUCCAAUGGUUCGCAUAACGCGCGUAGCAUCGCGUUACCUCAUUUUUGACAUUGACGACGUGAUGUUUCUCCGACGCCACCACAAUCUGUGCAGUGUCUUUAGUGGCACAGUGCCGCAAAAUCCACAGCAGAAUGUGUUCAUGGGCCUGCCGGUGGAGCUCAUGGCUGAGGAAGCAAGAGCUCUCGUGGAAGACGGGGCUGCUUAUGUAGUUGAAGAUGCCGACUUCCACUUGCGCCUGGUGACUGAGCUUACCAAGCGCGCAUCACUGGCCGCCAAAAAGUCUGAAGUUGAUGUGGCGGUGCACGACCGUGAGGACUUUGGAAAGCAACGGGACGAGUACCUGAUGGAUAUCACCCAGAAGGGCACAGCCGUUAUGCAAGCGCAUCUUGACGAGAAGCAAGCUCUGCGAGAGGCGUCUCUGCUGAAGGCCUCCACGGGCAAGAAGAACAAAAAGGGUAAGCGUGCAGGUGGUGAUGUGGCUGGGCAGCCUAGCCAGACCUCGCAAACGGACGAACCUGCUGUCCCGAGCAAGCCGGCAGAAGACGACGGCGACGAGGGACUCUUCGGUCCGCCCGAACCCGUUGCUCCUCCUGCUUUGCGAAAGGCGCAGAAGGAUACGCCGGCACCAUCAAUCCCUUAUGCAGUCACUCCGACGACUACGGGGCCCUUGCUAGGACGAACGGCUGGGCCUCCAGCUCCGGGCACCCAAGAAUGCAGCCUGAUGGUUGACGUGCCGCCUUCAUAUCCGCUCUUCAAACACCUCCACGACAAAGGGUACUACAUGAUGCCAGGCCUGCGCUUCGGAUGCGACUACAACGUAUACCCCGGCGAUCCUUUGCGAUUCCACGCGCACUUCCAGGCCACCAGCUAUGGCUGGGACGAGGAGAUCAACAUGAUGGACCUCACGGCCGGUGGCCGUCUAGGCACGGGUGUGAAGAAAGGUUGGCUCGUGGGCGGAGCCGGGCCGGCUGUGGCGGACGAGGAAGCACCGCAGACGCAGGAAAAGCCGAAACACGCUGCCCGGGCAUUCUGUCUGGAGUGGGCGGGCAUGUAGUCGUCUCAUUAUCUAAAAAUAUACCCCAUGCAUUUUAUACAACGAUCCGUAAUCAUUUGAUGACGUGCCUCGAAUCAUCUUGAGCCAGCUCAUGUUCACUCUCGACAAUCGCCUGUUCCGCAGGUGUAUGCGUUUCAUGAGCCCUGGCCAGUCUCACCAGGGCUUUGGUCACAAUCAUAAGGAAAG